AGUCGUCAUGGUAACGGAGCAGGAGGUAGAGGCCAUAGGGAAGACCCUGCUGGACCCUAAGCAGCCGCUGCAGGCCCGCUUCCGGGCCCUGUUUACACUGCGGGGACUUGGUGGCCCUGAAGCCAUCGCCUGGAUCAGUCGCGGCUUUGAGGACAGCUCUGCCCUUCUGAAGCACGAGCUGGCCUACUGCCUGGGCCAGAUGCAGGACGCGCGCGCCAUCCCUGUGCUGGUGGACGUGCUGCGGGACAUGAGCCAGGAGCCCAUGGUGCGCCACGAGGCGGGGGAAGCUCUGGGGGCCAUCGGUAACCCAGAAGUCCUAGGCCUCCUGAAGCAGUAUUCCACCGACCCAGUGAUUGAGGUAGCUGAGACGUGCCAGCUGGCCGUCAAGCGUCUGGAGUGGCUGCAGCAGCACCCUGGGGAGGCGGCCUGUGCAGGACCCUACCUCUCUGUGGACCCAGCGCCCCCUGCGGAGGAGCACGACGUGAGGCGGCUGCGCGAUGCCCUGCUGGACGAGGCGCGGCCACUCUUUGAGCGGUACCGCGCCAUGUUUGCCCUGCGCAACCUGGGUGGCAAGGAGGCUGCCUUAGCCCUGGCCGAAGGCCUGCGCUGUGGCAGCGCGCUCUUCCGCCAUGAGGUGGGCUACGUGCUGGGCCAGCUGCAGCAUGAAGCGGCUGUGUCCGAGCUGGCUGCCGCCUUGGCACGGACCUCGGAGAGCCCCAUGGUGCGGCACGAGUGCGCGGAGGCCCUGGGUGCCAUUGCCAGGCCUGCCUGCCUGGCUGCGCUGCGGGACCAUGUCACUGACCCCGAGCGAGUGGUGCGGGAGAGCUGCGAGGUGGCGCUGGACAUGUAUGAGCACGAGAACGGCCAGGGCUUCCAGUACGCAGAUGGGCUGGAGCGCCUGCGGCCCCCGCCCUGA